GUAAGUCUUUCAUCUUUCCCAGAAAUAUCUCAUGCAAUGAAGUUAGGACAGGUAAGUAAAUUAGUUAAAUUACUUAAAUUACUAUCUCAUGCAAGUCUUUCAAUGAAGUACUUAAAUUACUUAAUAUACAUGUAUUGAAUGAAAUCUUCAUUAAGCAUAAAAAGAUACAUGGUAUCAAAGAAAAAUCUUCAAAUUAUGGCUGAAAAAUGAAAUGCUGUGGUAGAUUAACAAUUGCUUCAAAGAGCUUCUCAACAUCCCCACAGUGGCACAAUCCCAUAGAACGUGAUCUGAAGGUGAUACGAAAUGAUGAUGGUGUGAAAACAUGUAACCUUCUGAUCCAUCAAAGAAACACAAUGUACACUGCAAAGUUGUUUCUCAGUAUCACAAAUUAUGAACCUCAACACUUCCCAAGCUGUAAUUUCAACAAACCCUUUGCACAGAGUUCUAAGAUUUCAAAAAAAAAGGCUAGCAAUGGCAUGGAUGUAUCUUCAAAGGAAAGAAAAAAACAAAAAACUCCACAACACAUUAAUUUUUUUAGUUUCCCUAUUGCAGGCACUUCUGUUGGACAUAGAACUGAUUGAUGCAUUCUACACAAGGUUGGCCUAGCCACGUCCGUCAUUCAGAAGACCAGAUCUAAGGGAGUGUCACUGUUCUUUCGUCCUGAUGUUAUGCUUGCUGACCGGUUCUCUACUUUUUGAAAAAAGAAUUUGAAGGAAAGAAAAUUCGCAUGAUUUAAUGAAUUAAAAAAUAUCAUUUGAAUUUGAAAGAGUUUUAAUCAAAUUUGAAAUUCAUCCAUAUUCUCCAAGGCCAUUGCGAUUUGUGAAGAAACUAGUAGAGCUUAGUGGACAGGGAGUGACGACAAUCAUCGGAGGACGACACUAGGUUGCAGAAGUCCACAACGUUAGGCUUGCAGCAUUCACUUUCAGUUGCAUACAUGUUUCAUGUUCCACGGGUCGCAAGCUAUUAAAGUUCUUCCGAUUAAGGGUAGAGUAGAAAAAAUAAUGGGAGUACCUCCCAAAUGCACCGAACUUGGAUUUUUUCUUACUCAUGGAAAAGGUCUUGGAAAAUGAACAACAAUUGCACGUACAACAUCGGAGAAUUGGCACCAUGGAAAAAUGAAAGGGACUGCUACCUGGCAAAGAUGAUUGCCGUCAUAGCGAGGUAAGGGCUUCACCAUUCCAUGGACUCAUUCGACCCUUUUUCUGCUUCUCCACCCAUUGGAUCAUGGAGGACGACCUUUCUUACCCUGAGGAAUGAAACCCUAACCCCACAGCCACCCACCAAGGUCGCUCACCUGCUUCAAAAUCUCAUUUUAUCCCAAUCGAAUGCCCUGAUCGAUGUGUCCACCGACUUGGCCCCUCACAAGGUGUUCAUUUCUAUUCCUUUUGCGGGCACUUAUGCUUCGCACCUGUUUAUAUGGUUGCUCGGACAGUGAGUCUUUUGGAACUAAGUGUCUUCUGUAUCUGGUUUUUAAGGUUAAGUCGGACAUGCUGUUCUUGAUGGAAUUGGUUCAAGGAAUCACCGGUUGUGAUGCAUUUAAUGUUGUAGAAACCUGUACGCAGUUGUCCCAUUUGGUUUAUUCUGUCAGCAACUUCAUUCCUAUCAAAAUAAAUUAUAGUUCAUGGCCUCUUGUGCUCAGCUUCUUAAAUAGCAUGAUAGAAAUUUUUUUCAAUAAAACUAAGACAAAGAUGGCUUUUAUUAGCACUGCUGAUAUUGUUACAGCCGCAAAACAGUGUCUAGAGAUCAAAAAGUAUGUUCUCUUUCCUCUGUUUUUUCCUGCUGGCACUUCAUGAGCAAUAAUAAUUCAUUCUGUGCAGCUGUUCAUGCUUCUUUUAGUUUCUCUUUGCUUGAACCUGAUCAUUGUUUUCUUUUUGUAAAUCUUAUAUCUCGAUCGCUUUUCUUCAGCUUCCAGUUUAACUACAAAGUGACAUUCUUAUGUUAGUUAAUUGUGUAUUUUGUGAGGCUCAUGUCUUCCCAUUUUGUCCUAUA